UUUUAUUUUGAAAAUUCUCGUACUUCCGGAGUUCAGUGUUCUCUUGGCCGCUUGCUUCACGCUGCUGCAGACACCGGUGAUUCAGGAGUAAUAUGAAUUAGAGGGAAACUGGAGAGUAAUAAAGAAUAUUUAACAACAGGUGUCUUCAUUGAGGAUGAUCAUCACACUCCUGCAAGCAGUUCUCCAACCUUGAAACCCUGAAGAUCUGCACCAACAACAGCCUUCAUCAAUGGAGAUGUUCCAGAAUCACCAGAGACCCUCUAGGAAGUCGUUUCUGUUUGCUUUCAUCGCAGUAUGGCUUUUCGUAACCAUUUCCUCUGAUGAAGAUUACUACAACCUGCUAGGCAUUUCAAGAGAAGCCAGUACUCGUGAGAUUCGGCAGGCUUUCAAAAAGCUUGCUCUCACAAUGCAUCCGGAUAAAAACCCUAAUGAUGCAAUGGCCCACGAGAAGUUCUUGAAGAUCAAUCGAGCCUACGAGGUGUUGAAGGACGAGGACUUGAGGAAGAAAUAUGACAAGUAUGGAGAGAAGGGCCUGCAAGAUGAACAGCAAGGAGGAAGAUAUGAAAGCUGGAACUAUUACAGAUAUGAUUUUGGAAUUUAUGACGAGGAUGCAGAAAUUACUACACUAGACAGAGGGGACUUUGAUGCAGCUGUAAAUUCUGGCGCGGUCUGGUUUGUGAAUUUCUAUUUCCCACGCUGCUCACACUGCCACGAUCUUGCCCCCAUGUGGCGGGAGUUUGCUAAGGAAAUGGACAGUGUGAUUUGGAUCGGUGCUGUGAACUGCGGUGAUAAUGGCAUGUUGUGCCGUAGUAAAGGCAUCAACAGCUACCCCAGCCUCUAUGUGUUCAGAGCGGGAAUGAAGCCAGAGAAAUACUAUGGCGACAGAACAAAAUCAAGCCUCACCACGUUUGCAAUGCAGUUUGUGAAGAUUAAAGUGACAGAACUAUGGCAAGGGAACAUUUUCAGUGAGAUUGAUCGAGCGUUUGCUGAAAGAAUCGGCUGGUUGAUACAUUUCUGCGCAGACACUGGGGAUUGUCUGGAACCUCAGACAAGGCGGAAGCUUGCUGGAAUGUUGGAUGGUCUGGUCAAUGUAGGAUGGAUGGAUUGCUCCAAACAGGCAGAUCUGUGUGACAGCUUUGAGAUCACCACUAGCACUACUGCCCUCUUUCCCCCUGGCAGUUCUCUCGCUCAGAAAGGCAGUGUAUUGUUUAUCCAGAGUUUGGAUACUAAAGAAAUAUAUGCACAAGUGUUGCAGCAUCUGCCUGACCUGGAGAUUCUUACAAAGAGCAGCUUUGAGCAUAAAUUGGCUCAUCACCGAUGGCUCAUCAGUUUCUCCUUUGGACAUAAUGAUUUGGCAUCACAUGAAUAUAAAAAACUCAAAGCUCUUCUGAAGGACUCUCACAUACAGGUGGGGAAGGUGGACUGUGCCGCAGAUUCAGAGCUGUGUGCUUCUCUAUAUAUACAGAAGGCCUGUGUGGCUGUUUUUAAAGGAGUUGAAAUUCAUGAUUUUGAGAUUCACCAUGGUAAGGACGUCCUGUACAAUGUUGCAGCCUUUGCAAAAGAGAGUGUGAAUGCCCAUGUCACCACACUGAGUGUGGAGAACUUCCCUAGCCAUGAGAAAGAUCCCUGGCUGGUUGAUUUCUUUGCUCCUUGGUGUCCGCCAUGCCGAGCUCUUCUCCCUGAGCUGAGAAAAGCCUCCAUCCAGCUCUUUGGACAGCUGAAGUUUGGGACUCUGGACUGUACCGUGCACGAGAGGCUCUGCAAUACGUAUAACAUUCAUGCAUAUCCAACAACUGUAAUCUUCAACAAGUCCAGCAUCCAUGAGUAUGAAGGCCAUCACUCUGCAGACGGCAUCCUGGAGUUUAUAGAGGACCUGGUGAACCCUGUGGUGGUGACAUUGAUCCCAGAGUCAUUCCAGGAGCUGGUGAAGAGACGCAAGUCCUCAGAGACGUGGAUGGUGGAUUUCUACGCUCCGUGGUGUGGCCCCUGCCAGGCUCUGCUGCCAGAGUGGAGGAGAAUGGCACGGAUGCUGAGUGGGAUUGUAAACGUGGGAACGGUCGACUGUCAGAAACACCACUCAUUCUGCCAGGGUGAGAAUGUGCACGCUUACCCAGAGAUCCGCCUGUUUCCUCAGAACAGUAAUAGGAGAGACCAGUACCAGAGCUACAAUGGACGGCACCGGGAUGCCUUUUCCCUCAAGACUUGGGCCUUGAGCUCUCUGCCUCGUGCCUCAGUGGAUCUGUCACCCGAGGACUUUAAGAGAAAGGUUUUGGGAGGGAAGGAUCACUGGGUGUUGGAUUUCUAUGCCCCAUGGUGUGGCCCAUGCCAGCAAUUCGCCCCUGAAUUUGAAGUUCUUGCCAGGAUGAUGAAGGGAAUUGUGCAAGCUGGCAAAGUGGACUGUCAAGCACACUACCAGACCUGCCAGAGCGCCGGGAUCAAGGCUUACCCCAGUGUCCGAUUCUACCCCCACCUGGGCACCACACGGCGAGAUCAAGGAGGAGAGCAUAUUAACAGCAGAAACGCCACCGACAUCGCAGACAUUCUCAGACAGCGACUCCAGCAGCUAGCAUUACAGGGAAAGUCCUCCAAACUUAAAGAUGAACUAUAGGACACAUCUUGCGAUCCACAGAAGCUGUUGUAUGUGGAACGGUGAGAGUGAUGGGAGAAAACGCACACUCAUGAACUCAAUUUGAUGAGCGUGGGAGAUUUGUUUGAGUUUGUUUACUGCCAAAUGGACUGUAGAAAGGAGCGGCUUCACCUCAGCUACUUUAGAGGAGGGAAUCAGGACUCAACAAACACCUCUAAAUGUGUUACUGAUGCAGAAGAGGUCACCACAGUGCAAUUAUUUAUGACUCUGUAAUUUAUGAAUGUACGGUCAAGUAGUGUCUUCAUUUCCUCACACAGACUGUAUUUAUGACUGUAAUAAUAGAUGUAUUUUCUCACAGAUGCUCCAUUUGAAUUGGAUUUCUGUGAUUAAAUGGUCUGGUUAAAUACAAAGGAAUUGUAUUUUACUCGGUAUGGUCAAAUGUAAUUCGAGUUGGAUUUCGGGAAACUUUGUGAAAUUGGAAAUGUGCUUCUAGAAAACGUUUUAGUUCUGUCAAAACUAAAAACCAUCAUGGAGUUUGUUGUCAAACCAAAUUAUUGUAGAAGCAUAAAACUACACUGGCUAUAGAUGAAAUCUGUAGUUGAAUUUGUUUUCUACUGUUUUUAUGUUCUGUUUUAUUUCUUCUAACGGUUUGAGUUUCCAGCAGCUAUGUUUGUUCUCAGAGAUUCGUUGUACAAUACACUUUUUGUUUGUCUCGUUUUUUAGCUUUGUUUACUGAUAUUUCUGUAUUCAUAUUGUGUGAAUGUUCUCCAGGUGGCCACUAGGAGGCGGUGAUUUAACAUCAAUGGCUUCAAGUCCUGAUAGGCCAGUGAAAUGACAUGUUGCCAUUCAUUGUGAUGGAUAUUCACUAUAGUUUUGUAGAAACAACAGCUAUUAAACAUUACACAAUUCCUGUUUAUGCUGA